AAGCGGGAAUUCAUGAGCUUGUUUUUUUCUCUCUAGUCGCUACUUUGCUGCUAUUAGGUGAGAGAAAUAAUUAGGAAAUGAUAUUUCAUUAAUAGAUAGGAUUGCUCAAUGAAAGAAAUCUGGGACGGGGGUGGAAUUACAUUAACUUAAUGAGGGUAGUUCAGUUUAAAAAAAUAAUGAUAUGUAGAGAGAUUAAAUGUAGGAAGAACUUUUUGGAACGUCCCGAUAGGGAAUAUAGGAAAGAACAAAAGAGAACGGAGGAAGUAAUGCAAUACUAGGAUUAUCCAGCAAGUGAGAGUACGUGAAUGGAGACGAGGAUAAUAGAUAAAUUAGUUGUGUUACAGGUAGCCUAUGGCAUUAUACCAAAAUCAAGAACAUUGAAAUCUCAUCCUGGUGUGCACAAAGUUUAAGAGGGAAGCAACAUCAAGGCUUUUGAUUUCGGAAAGGAGAAUGAAAACUCCACCCUGAUCACAUGUGAAGAAUGGUUGUAGAAAGAAAAGUUCUAAGAGUAAGAAUACUAUUUGUUCGUAGUUUAAUUGUUCUUCGAGAUGCAGAGCAGGCAUGCAAAGAAAUGAGUUUGAUAUUGAUGUUGCUGAAGCUUAUGCGGCCUCAUAUUUAAGGGCUUUAAGCAAGAUCGCCCAAAAUCGACUCCAGAAAGAACUUGUAGAGUGGCAACUUAAUCCUCCUGCUAGUUUUAAUCACAAGGUCACCGAUAAUCUUCAAAGAUGGGUAAUUGAGGUAGCUGGAGCACCUGGAACUUUGUAUGCAAAUGAAACUUAUCAGCUUCAGGUUGAUUUUCCUGAGCAUUACCCUAUGGAGGCACCCCAGGUUGUAUUUGUACCUCCAGCUCCACUGCAUCCUCACAUUUAUAGCAAUGGGCAUAUAUGUUUAGAUAUUUUAUACGAUUCGUGGUCCCCUGCGAUGACAGUCAGCUCUGUCUGUAUUAGCAUCCUCUCAAUGUUGUCAAGCGCUCCCUCAAAGCAACGUCCUGCAGACAACGAUCGUUAUGUGAAGAACUGUAAGAAUGGAAGAUCUCCUAAGGAUACAAGAUGGUGGUUUCAUGAUGAUAAAGUGUAAUGUAUGAGCAUAGGCUGUAUCAGAUCUUCAAACACCUUAGAAUUGACUUAUAGGUUAAAAUAUCUUCCAAUUUCCCGGAGAUAUUCAAGUGGAAAUAGAAGGAGAUGCUAUCCCCAAUUCUCCUUCCCCCCUUCCAAAUUAAAAAAAAUUGAAUGUAUUCAGAUGCCCUCUUGUUCGCUUGGGGCAUAACGCAGAUUACCUCCACGAGGUCGAAAUGUCAGAUGUAAAGCAAUGGCUCCUGAUUCGUAAGUAUGAGAAAGGUAGCUGUCUGUUAAA